AUGUCCGGUUCUCCCCCACCGGAGCCACCCAUCGAACCUCCACAGAUUGCAGGUCGCCGAAGAAAGCGAUCUUACACUCCCCCUGUGACGACCGCAUCCGCCUCCGCCUCCGCUUCCGCCGUCACAUCACCUGUAACUCCCCUGGAACAUACUGCCCCAAGAUUAGGCGCACAGUCAAGAGUUGGGGCGACCAUCGCAGAGUUCCCUGUCCAGCCUGGUCCUUAUGCGCUCGCAUAUGCGCCACAAGCCUCGUAUCAAUCCUCGUCAAGUCUACCCACCGCCUCGAUCAGCGGACCCGACCCUCGGUAUGCGCUGGCAUCUAUCUCGCCCCGGUCCGCACGAAAGCCCAAGGCACACGUGGCAUCGGCCUGUAUCAAUUGUAAAAAGAAGCACUUGAGAUGUGAUAACAAUCGGCCUUGUCGGCGAUGCAUCGCCAGCGGAAAAGAGGAAACAUGUGUCGACGUCGAGCAUAAGAAACGGGGGCGACCUCCUCUGAAACCUGAGGACCCUUCUGCGAGGCGCGCGUUCGAAUCGACCAUGAGCCCCGUCGCCGGAUCACUGGGAGACCCUAUGAGGAGGAUGCCUGGGUCAGGCCUGGCUUCCUUUCCCGCUGGGGGUGGUCCACGAAGUUUUAGGCCCCUUCAAGCCUAUGACCCUUCUCGACCACCUUUGAGAGGGCCGCCGUUCCAGUCGAUGUAUGCCCAACCAUCCAUUUCGCCGAGCCCAGCCAUCGCUCUGGGAACGUUUAUUCCUCCUUCGCGACCGUAUCCGUCUGGCCCUACUCCGGUUCCUGGACCGUCGCGGCCACCCUUUAGUCCUCAACAGUCCGAAUCCUCGCUUAGAUCAGUCGCCUCGUAUUCUACCGGCUACAACUACCCACCUCCUCCGAGACAGAUGGGCCCUCCGUCUCAUGUGACGUACUCCAACCCUAUCUUUCCGCGCCAGCCUGGAUCAGCGCCGAUUCCCGGCGGGUCCUUACCGCCCAUGCAAGGUCCAGCGAGUCUUCAACUUCCACCGAUUCGACCAGCACCUCCUGCCGCAAUCGAUCCCGCAAUCACCCAGCAACAGCAACCCCGUCAACCUGUCCAACCAUCCCCUCGUCAGGAGCUGGAGCGGCGAGGCGACGGAACACAAGAACCUGACCCCAAACGACCAAAGAUGGACAUACAAGGGAUACUGGGGCCGCGACAUGAUUAA